AUGUCCGAGUCAGUCGAAUUACAAUUGACCUACGCAGGUGAAACACACUGUACAAUGCUUGCACUGUAUGCAACAAACGAUUCGAAAACCGAUCAAGUCUUGAAUUACGACGUUGUAGUCGCAAAAGUCCAUGAAUUGUUUCCACACGUUUCGAGUCCAUGGACGCUCGUCUACCGCGAUGAAGAGGGCGAUAUUAUUACCUUGACACACGCUCUUGAAUUUGACGAGGCUUGUCGUGUAUUGUUAUUAACUCCAAGUCCUCGUACCAAGGAGAAUCAAGUGCAGAGUCUGCACUUUUACAUUCUAUCACGUGUAUCAUUUCGUGAGAAAAUUUUUGUACCCGUGCUACUAAAAGUCGUGGAACUUGCUGGAGUUGCACGCGAUGCGACUGCGACAUUGCGUAACUGCGAGUUACUGGGAAAAGGUUGUCAGUCGAUUGUACGGCUUGCGGAAGGUGCGAUGACACAAGCUGGAGUCGCAAUGAAUCACAUUCGCAACAGUGAAGUUGUGGGACGAGGACGUGAAUCCUUGGGCUACUCUGCAACUUUAUUCUUUUCUGCUCGUACUGGUGUCAGUACACGUCUACGACGAGCCAGUUCAGCCGUUGCAGCUGGAAUUGAACGUCGUCGAUCAUCGAGUGGAUUAAGUGACGAUCGAGAUUUUCGACCACCAACGGACGCAAUAAAAUCUUCAUCCCGAGCGGUCUCUUUGUCAUCGCCAUCAUCGGAAGUGGCGGUGACGAUUGAUUUGCGACAAUCGGUAUCAUCCAUGACAUCCGAGACACCAUUGGUGCAAUCACCAAGAGACGUUGAAGCGAGUGGGAACGAGGAAGGACUGGCUCCUGCUCGAGUUUCAAUAGACGAAGCUGAGCAACAAGUGCCAGAGACGGCAUAUGAAUCUGACGCAGACACUUUAUGUGACGACGAUGAUGACCGUGAAUGGGACAUUGUUGACAAUUCUGGAUCCACUGCGACUAAUGAAGAGAAUGCUGAGACGACGAGCGAGUGGGUUAGUGAACUUGCUGUCCUGCGAGGAAUCCUUGUACACUUGGACGAAGGUGUCUGCUGUGACUUGCUGAGCCAAUAUAAUGGCAACGUUGAGGCUGUUUUGGUGGAACUGACAAACGUGUGA